CGUUACCGCUGCCACCGGCGUCCCCAGAAGCCUGAACACUCCUUCCCGGCAUCUCCAAAAUGAUACACUUCAUACUGCUGUUCAGUCGCCAGGGGAAACUGAGGCUUCAGAAGUGGUAUACGACGCUGCCUGAGAAAGAGAAGAAAAAGAUCACCCGAGAAAUUGUUCAGGUUGUAUUGGCUCGCAAUCAAAAAACAAGCAGCUUUAUUGACUGGAAAGACCUCAAGCUUGUUUACAAAAGGUAUGCUAGUUUGUACUUCUGUUGUGCAAUAGAAGAGCAGGAUAACGAGCUCCUGACACUAGAGGUCGUUCAUCGAUAUGUAGAACUACUGGACAGAUACUUUGGAAAUGUGUGUGAGCUGGAUAUAAUCUUUAAUUUUGAAAAAGCUUAUUUUAUUCUGGAUGAAUUUAUAAUGGGUGGAGAAGUACAAGAAACCUCAAAGAAGUCUGCAGUGAAAGCAAUAGAAGAUUCUGACAUGUUGCAAGAGACAGUGGAAGAGUACAUGAACAAGCCUGCAUUUUAAUGUUAAAAUUACCUGGAGAGAAAACUGCUGUGUACACCUAUAAAAUGCACAUACUGAAAUUGCUGCCCAAAGUGCCAGAUGAGAAAGUGCCUCAGAGAAAUACCAUAAAACCAGUAACAAAAGGGAUGUGUUUGUAUAAUGGUCAAGAUGAAGGUCAGCUAAUGUAGUAUCAGGUUUAAGAAUUUCAAGCUUGCACUUGUUUCUCAGAACUGUGAUUGCACUCGAUCUACUCUCUAUUCCCUACUGGACUGAACACCUGUUUUAUAUGAUGUCUGAUAGGAUUUGUCAAAUUAAGAUGAUAUUUUGACAAUACUUGGAAGAGGUAUUUAUACUAGUUUUGGUCUGCUGCUGACUGUAUGACUCUACUUUUGUACAAAUGUAAUGAUUAUUCUAGUCUAAUAAUAAUAAUUUUUUUUCUAAAAA